UUUCAAUGAAAAGGGACAAUUAUUUUAACGACGGUUUAACGCCAAAUUCUAAUCGAGCGGUAGAUUCCCCGACACUAAUUAUUCUCCUGCACACACUUUCUUUGUUAUUGACUCCAAUCUCCCACAUUUUCCCACUCCCCAAACACAAACACCCCAUUCAUGGCAAAAUCCUUCAAUCCCAAGACCCAAACCUACUCAUCUCCACGACCGCCCAUCCACCUCCCUACCAACCCCAACCUCUCCCUCACCUCCUUCCUCUUCCAAAGCACCUCCUCUUUCCCUUACACCGUCGCUCUCAUUGACUCCGACACCGAUGAAACACUAACCUUCCACCAGCUCAAACUCCACGUCUCCAAGCUCGCGCAAUCUUUGCUCCAGCUCAGCAUCGACAAACACGACGUCGUACUCAUCGUCGCCCCCAACUCAAUCCACUUCCCCGUAAGCUUCCUCGCCGUCGUCGCCCUCGGCGCCGUCGUUUCAACCUGUAAUCCUUCUUACACCAUUCCCGAACUCUCUAAGCAAGUCUCUGACUGUAACCCAAAGCUCAUCAUCACCGUUCCUGAGCUCUGGCACAAAAUCAAAGAAUUUAAUUUACCUUCCAUAAUGUUAAGUUCCUCAAACUCUAUGAAGCUAAAGUCAAAUUCGAAGAUUUGGUACUACUCUGAAUUGAUAAAAUCGAACCGGCUUUUUGAUUUAUCGGCUAAGAAUGUCAGACAGAGCGACAUAGCCGCCCUUCUGUACUCAUCAGGCACCACCGGGACGAGCAAGGGAGUGAUUCUAACGCAUAAGAACUUCAUUGCGACGUCGUUGAUGGUGACAGCAGACCAGGACCGACACGGCGAGCCGAGGAAUGCGUUUCUGUGUUUCGUGCCGAUGUUUCACGCGUUCGGGCUCUCGGUGAUCACGUAUUCGCAGCUUCGGAGAGGGAACAUGGUGGUUUCGAUGGGGAAGUUUGAGCUCCACAAGGUGUUGGGGGCGGUGGAGAAGUACAAGGUGACUUAUUUGUACGUUGUUCCGCCGGUGAUGAUUUUGCUGGCGAAGCAUAUAACUGCGGUGAAGAAAUACGACUUGUCGUCGUUAAUGCGGAUUGGUUCGGGUUCUGCACCUUUGGGGAAAGAUGUUAUGGAGGAGAUUGCGAGGAAUUUCCCUGGGGUUUGGAUUACUCAGGGAUAUGGUAUGACAGAAACAUGUGGAACCAUUUCAACAGAAGAUCCAAUGGAACAAUCUCCACUCUCUGGAUCAACUGGAACACUUGCUUCAGGAAUCGAAGGCCAGAUAGUCUGCACAGAAACAUUGAAGCCUCUUCCACCUAAUCAAUUGGGAGAAAUAUGGGUUCGAGGACCUAACAUGAUGCAAGGUUAUCAUAACAAUCCAGAAGCCACAAAGCUAAUUAUUGAUGUACAUGGAUCCAUGGGUACGCACAGGAGAUCUUGGAUAUUUCAAUGA